UGUUGUUUUGGAUUGGUAAUAUUGAUAGUCGAUACGUCGACGCCUCUUUGAACCGGGGAAGGUCCUGAAUUGACCUUUUCGUAGAUUGGCUUGUUUUAUAAAUACGUGUGAGACGUACGAUGCAUUGCUUGGGCUGAGCGUUUUGGAAUUAGCGAAAAAAUCUGGUGUUACAAAGUAACACACUCUAAUCAGUGCAAUAUUUUAUUCUAAGUGGAACAGUUAUUUGGUAUAGUGCAGUGUGAAUGUCAUAACAAACGAGAGAUGCCAAGUUUGUCCCCUGGAUUGUUAGCAAUCACUGGGAUUCGAGUUGAGAUGCCUCGCCGCUACCAAAGGAAAACGAAUCGAGGGAGUUGGUCCCAGGAGAACCUCACCCUUUCAAAAGAGGCUAUUGCUAGUGGAGUUUCUAUCAAACGUGCUUUCACGACUUUUGGAAUACCCAGGUCUAUAUUACAUGAUCACGUUUUUCAGAAGGUGGUAAGCUCGAAACUAGGACCAAGAAAGACCCUAUUUACGGUGGAGCAGAAAGCGGAGAUCAUGCAGCACCUACUUGACCUAGAAAACCGAUUUUAUGGCAUCGCGAAGAUUGACGUACGGAAGCUAGCUUUUGAGCUUGCUGGAAGAAAUGGAAUCGCUUGUUCGUAAGUUGUUUUUUAUGAAUUGAACUACUGAUGUAAAUUUAAU